UUUCAUACGCACAAAAUAUUCGAUGUAUCCACAGAGAACUAACAAAAAACCAAGACUCUCUCUCAGUCUCAAAUCUCAAUUCAUUAGUUCCACUUCUUCGUGAGAUUCAUACGCACAAACAGCAACGUUACUCCGCUAGGGUUCAUCAUUCUCUCAGUUCGUGGUUUCAUCGUUUAACGAAGAACCGUCGCCGUCCAUUAUUCAACCACAAAUCACCACCGAGCUUGUUAGAUCAAGGAGUUGGAUGAGUCCUGCCGCCAAUGGAGCGCGGCAAAAGUAGCUUGCAAGGAGUUGGAGUUCCUAGCUUGCAAGGAGUUGGAGUUCCUAGCGGAGUUGUAGAUCAAGGAGUGAGUCAAGGAGCAGCUGCUGGUACUGCACUCCCUCCACUUCGAAAAAGGAAACUUAAUGCUAGUGGUAGUAGAAAAACUUCUACGGUUUGGGAAGAGUUUAACAUUUUACCGGAUGAGCCUGAACCUAUAGCCGCGUGUAAACACUGUCAUAAAAGGUACCGAUGUGACCCUAAAACACAUGGUACUUCUAACAUGCUAGCUCACUCGAAAGUGUGUUACAAAAACCCUGCCUUUUUGUUGAAAGACCCCAAUCAGACAAACCUUGUAAGCGGCGAGGGUGGGUUUUUAGUUCCAACUAGUCAAAGGUUUAAUGCUGCAGCCUGUAGGAAGGCCAUUAAUACCUUUGUUAUCCUUGAUGAACAUUCCUUUAGAGUGGUUGAGGGUGUUGGUUUUAAGCAAAUGUGUAAACAAUUGCAACCCCAAAUGGCUAUCCCUACUAGGAGGACCGUUGCUAUGGAUUGUUUUCAGCUUUACCUAGCUGAAAAGUCACGUCUUAAAGCCUUUUUUAAAUCUGAUUUUUCUCUUUAG